UGAAAAUCAAAGCAAGAGUAUUUUCAUUAAAAAAUAUUGCAAAAAGAAAAUAAAAAUUGCUACAUUUCCCAUUAAAAAAAGAACUUGUAAUUUUAAUUGUUAUCAUAUUCUUUCUUGUAAUUGUUUUGAUUUUAUCCUAUUUCCACCAUUGAUACCAAUCAUUCUUUUAGUAAGACAAAAAAACCAGUAAAGGAGACCAAAGGUCUGACCCGAAUGAAAUAACGACAUCAAUCAAUUAGAGAAAGAAGUGGCCGAUAGAGAACAGUAACGAGCGGUGAAGGGGAAUCCGACAAGGUUGCCGAAACGGGUUCGGGGUCGUAUUCUGUUUGUUAUUUGGAGCUAAACUGUUGGAUCUAUCAUGGCGUUUCGGGAUUUGGUUACUGGAGGUGAUUCUUGCACAGUUCCUGGCUCCUCUUCAUCUUCCAAUCCACUUGGUUCUCUUGCUAAUGCCCUUAUUGGUUCUUCCUCCAAAACCCAGGAUAGGUUGAAGGAGAUUCCAACAGCAACUUCCUCUGGUGCCAGUGGCCAAUUGUACUCGAAUUCUGAUACUACUCUUCCUGGGUUGGAGUCAGAAUAUAAUCAAUUAUCUAAUGGCCAGGACACCGGAUUUCUUCAAAACUAUCGUGCUGCUAGUCAUGGUGGCUUGACUGAAGCUUGGGACGAUAUACAGUUUCCUCAGAGGGAUCCAAAUUUUGCUGAGUCACGACAAGUUUUCAAUGGAAGAUCUGCGAUUGAUGCUCAACCUUCUACUGAUGGGCCACCACAACAAAUAUUGUCAGGUUUUCUGCACUCCUUUGUUGAUAGUAGCCGUUUUGGUGUACCAUUUCGUCCUGCGCCACUACCUAUGUUGGGAUUGAGCAAAGGUGAAAAACAAUGUAUCCGUAACCGUAGCAGCAUUAUGGCUCGACAUUUUUUUUCUGACAAGAGUGAAGAUUUCAUUAAUGCACAGGUGGAUGCAUUACUGCAUUCUCUGGACAUUGACAACGAUGUUCAGAUAAAGGGGCCUCUUCCUGGUAGAGAGCUGGAAGAAUACUGGAAUGAAUCACAAAGUAUACAGGCUGCUGUUGCCGAUAGGUGGGUCACAGAGUUUCGACCUCAACAGCCAGAACCUUUUCCCAUUAAUGGUUGGGUCAAUUCUUUUGAGCAGGAACAUGGUCGUAAUGGUUGGGCCUCAGAGUUUGAACAUGAACAAGCUCAAGCUGCAUCUCUUACUCAAUCACCAAGUCCACAUAUGUCACAAUUUGCUGCAAUGGAGCAAACCCGUAUGCUUGCGCACACAUUAGCCCAAAACAAUGACCCCAAGUUUCAGAACUCGAGAUUCCUCCAAUUUGUGUCAAAGAUGAGUCGUGGUGAACUUUUUGUUGAAGGAAAUCAAGUCAAAGAGAAUUCAGCAGCUAUGUCAGGGGAUUGGGCAGCAGAAUUCCAAAACCAGCAUGAUGGGGGUCUUUCUUGGGCAGACCAGUUUUCUCAUGAAGCGGUCUCUCGUGAUGGUGGUAAAUGGGUUAAUGAAUUUGCUAGUGGAAGCAACCAGGAAUUGUUACCUGAAGAGAAAUGGGUCGAUGAGUUCUCCAAAUUAAAUGUUCAAGAUUGGGCUGGAGAAUUUGAGCAACAAGCUGAAAAAGAUAGCUGGGCUAGUGCUUAUGAUGAGUAUCUCAAUGAGCAAUCUGCUGCCAAUCUUAAUUCAGAUUCCUCGAAGGGCAUCUAUGUGUUCUCUGACAUGAAUCCCUAUGUUGGUCAUCCUGAUCCUCUAAAAGAAGGGCAGGAUCUGUUCAGGAAAGGGCUUUUGAGUGAAGCAGUCCUUGCUUUGGAGGCUGAAGUCUUGAAGAAUCCUGAUAAUGCUGAAGGUUGGAGGUUGCUAGGAAUAGCUCAUGCUGAAAAUGAUGAUGAUCAGCAGGCUAUUGCAUCAAUGAUGAAGGCUCAAGAUGUUGACCCCACAAACCUAGAGGUGCUUCUUGCUCUUGGUGUGAGUCAUACAAAUGAAUUGGAGCAAUCUGCUGCACUGAAGUAUCUGUACCAGUGGCUUCGUCACCACCCUAAGUAUGGGACACUUUCACCUGGAGAGAUGCCAGAUUCGCUUUAUUAUGCUGAUGUGGCAAGGAUAUUUAAUGAGGCUGCUCAAAUGUCGCCCCAGGAUGCUGAUGUCCAUAUAGUAUUGGGAGUCCUUUAUAACUUAUCUAGGGAAUAUGACAAAGCUAUUGAUUCAUUUAAGACGGCUUUAAAACUAAAACCUCAAGAUUACUCUCUCUGGAAUAAACUUGGUGCCACACAGGCUAAUAGUGUUCAGAGUGCCGAAGCCAUAGAAGCUUAUCAACAGGCCCUGGAUUUAAAGCCUAACUAUGUUCGUGCGUGGGCAAACAUGGGUAUCAGCUAUGCCAACCAGGGCAUGUACGAGGAAUCAAUCCGCUAUUACGUUCGUGCACUUGCAAUGAAUCCAAAAGCAGAUAAUGCAUGGCAGUAUUUGAGGAUUUCUUUGAGUUGUGCUUCAAGGGACGACAUGUUGGAAGCUUGUGAUUCUCGUAAUCUCGAUGUCCUUCAAAAAGAGUUUCCACUUUGAGAUGCUCCCCUUGUAUAGUUUCGUAAUCUGCUCAUUUUUACCCCACGAGGCUGUUCCUUAUCAGCAUUUUGAUGAGAAUACAAUCAGCUGCUGGCAAAGCUUUAAAGACUAAGCUCAAAUGAUGUAGCCAAUAGUGCAAUUAUCUUUGGAGAAGAUUAUUAGCAUUUUCAGCAUCUAUAAAGUUGAGUUUAUGUUUGUAAAAUGUAAAUCAAAUGUUGAUAUGCUUCACAUAAAUAAAGCUGUAUAUCUGAAGUUUCUAAAAACAUGCAAUUUAAGUACUUAUAUUUUACUUGAAAAA